AUGUCGGCCUUGGAGGGUGAUGCUGUUAUCAACCCAUCAUCAUCUGUGGAUCUUUUCAAACCAUCCAAGCAAGUUACAAGCACACGGUCACCACCAAAGUUGCUUCGAGGAAUGGCUAUGCAUAAAGCCAUGCAGCAUGUGUACGGCUUACCGUCACCAAGUUCUACUACUACUACAGCAGCAACAACAACAUCAUCAUCAUCACCAUCCAUUGACGAGCUUUGUGAAGCUCUCAACAUGUUGGAUCUCUACGACCAAGAUACGGAAGUGCCAGAUGCAAUUCCUGACACUCCUGAGUUGCGAGAAAUCGCAGAGGAUGAAGGCACAGAUGCCUCGGAGCAACAAGUCCAAGAACUUGCAGACAUCCCAAUGGCAUCUCCAUUACCAUCGCCACCAUUCUUUCCAUUGCCAUUGCCACCACCACCACCAUCACCACUGCCACAGCAACAACCAAUUUUGUAUACCCAAGUGAUGCCACAGCCAACCAUCACCAUUCAUCCGGAGGCCACACCGGAAGUAGUAGUAGCAGCAGUAGUCGCAGCAGCAUCAUCAGCACCAGCGGCAUCAGCAAUACCUGUUGCAUCCAGCACAGGUAGCAGCAACAACAACAACCGAUCACGGUUACAGUUCCGAAGGCCCGUCAUAAGGCCUAGAAGUCGCCUUCGAUGGCAGAGACCAAGUAGGAGGCAACCACCUCCACUUCCAAGACCGCCACCAUCACCACCAAGGCCACCACCAUCACCAUCAAUAUCACCGCCACCAUCAUCACCACCAUCACCCGCAUCCUCAUCCUCAUCCUCAUCCUGGGGAUAUGAGUAUAGGCCGAUAGCAUGCCCAAGAAGACGGCUUCAACGGCCAGAGACAACAACAACAACAACAACCUCAUCACCUAUACCAUCACCAUCAUCGCCUAUACCAUCAUUAUCAUCAUUAUCACCCAUACUGCCAAUGGAAUCAUCAUUAUCACCUAUAUUACCAUUGGCAUCAUCAUCAUCCACAUUGCUUUUUACCGAAGCAGAGCUAGCACCACCAUCACCAAUUUUGUCUGAAGAUGCUGCACAAGCAGAUUCAUUCAUGGGCGGAGACGAUAUCCUUGCAGAGAUCAUGGGGACCGAUCUUAUCGAUCCCUUUGAUGAAGUAGUCUUCGAUGAAGACGCAUAG